AUAGCAAGUCAAUAGGUGCUAACAAUCUACUGCACCCAACUUCAUCCCCCCACCAUGCAAAGAGCCCACUGAGCCGCUACAAUAUCCAGCGCGAUGGCAAAGACACACCUUGCUGUGAAUACAGUAGCUAGCACAAUCCUUGACCAGCUUCGCCUCCUCAUUGUCGCAAAUCGAUCAUGUUAAUGAUCUGAAUUUACCAAAGCCCCAUACGUACUUGUACCGGUACACAAGUCAGUGCCAACCUCCAUUUCCCCAGCCAUAGAAAUUGCCGAACCCCCCCCCCCCCCCAAAGAUACCAGAGACAUCAUACCAGAAUCCCCCCCUCAAUCAUUCCCUCCAACCCUGCACUUUCGAUGAUAUCGAUACUGCCAGUUCGAGGUAUGAUACCAGUGCUCCUAGGCCACCCGUUGCGCAUUACCCGGCCUGCAUAAAAGUAGUGUCUGACAACCUCGGUACCCCAGCUUUUUCGUCACACUCUCCCGCGGGGCAGUGGAAGGUCUUGCCGUUGUGUUACGGGGAGGUGGUGGUGGGUGAUGAUACAUCUACGGUUGUGUACGAGUACCGGCUCUGCGCGAGCUUGCCCUUCUUUUGCGUCAAUCGCGUUUCGUGUUGUCUCAACUAAACAUAACCUGCUAACAAUGUCUACACAGCCAGUGCCUACUAUUAUCCUUUUUCACUAUCAUUACUCUCCCUACGCUCACAAAAUCACUUGGUACCUCCAGCUGCGCGGAAUCCCAUACAAGCAAUGUAUUCAACCGCCGAUGAUGCCCCGGCCAGAUUUGGCCGAGCUGGGCAUCAAAUAUAGGAGAAUCCCGCUACUGUCGAUUGGGAACGAGAUGUUCUGCGAUACGUCGUUGAUCGUUAGGGUCCUUGAGGAGAAGUUUCCUAAGGGAAGGUUGGGAGAGAAUGGUGACGCGUGGGAGGAGUGGGAAGCUUGGAGCGAUCAGGUGUUCCCCUACGCUGCUGCCUUGAUUCCGAGUAAUUUGCCGUUGAUGAAGGAUGAGAAGUUUGUUAAAGAUCGGGAGGAUUAUAGUGGAAGGAGUUAUAGGAAGGAGGAUGUUGAUGCUGGGAGGGAGAGGGCCUUCGAGAGAGUUAGAGGCUUCUACGGCCACACUGAGAAAGUUCUUUCUGACGACCGCGACUGGAUCCUCGGCGAUAAGAUGACGUUGGCAGAUGUCGAGGCUAUCUGGCCACUGGAAUGGCUAACCACCCUCCCGGGUGCCCUGGACUCCACCGUCACCGCGGACACCUACCCAAAAACCUUCUCGUGGGUCAAACGAUUCACAGCACUCUUCCCCGCUUCCAAAUCUGUCAAAAUCCCCACCAUAACGGGUGCCGAAGCAAAAGACUUAAUUCUACAUCACGAGCAAGCGAGCACCUCUUCUACCAGUGAUACAGGAGUUCCCGAUAACGACCCCUCCGGCGUAGCUCUCGGUGAAGAAGUGGAGGUUACGCCUGUCGAUACUGGAAAGAAUCACCCACAAAGGGGAAGAGUUAGGGCUCUUGUGAAGGAUAGGAUUAUUAUCGAAGUUACGCCAACGGAGGCGUGUGCGGGCGGCGGUUCACUCAAGGUUGUAUUCCCAAGGAAGGGAUUUGAGAUUAAGAGUGUGAACACAAAGGGAAAUGCUAGGCUCUAGAAGUGUGGGGUGGGGUUGGGUACACUGUACGGUAUUCCACGUCAAGCGAGCCCACUGUAUAGCGAGAAUGCCCAUACAAAUGAUACCUGCCCCACAGUUAUUAUGUGGGCGUUGUCACUACAUUGCGCAGUCGCUUCACUGUGGGUUAAUGUACUGGAGAUAGGGGAUUUCUGGGCAGAAUUUAUGCUGCUGUCCGCCGAUGGGAAUGUGUAAUAUUUAAUGCACGACAUUAUGCGCUUUUUUG